CAAUCAUUAGAACCUAUGUGGACGUCUGUGAAUUGACAUCUUUUUAUUGCGUCGCGCGAGAGAACACUUUUCAUAAAGUAUUUUGUUAUGGGUGUCUGAUUUUCACAUACAUAUUGAGCAACGUAUUAUGGAAAAUCAGGUUUCAAUGAUGUGGUGCAUAAAAAAGUUUAUCUUUGUAUGGUUGCUAUGCUUCCGUUCAUUGAUAAUGUCAAGUGAUAUUAAGAGUGAACAAACUUGUCAUUUGUCAAAUACUUUAAUUGAAGAAAUAGACUCCUAUGCGCCGAUAGUACAAAGAAUAAUUAAUGAGACAAUCCAAGGUUCCUUCAAAGGAAAUACGUGGCAAGAUUUGGCAAUUUUUGUUGAUAAAUUUGGCCCAAGAUUCACUGGUACGCAAGUGCUCGAGGAUGCUAUUGAUUAUGUGCUCAACAAAUCUAUUAGCUUCGGUUUAGAAAAUGUACAUGGUGAACCGGUUACUGUACCACGUUGGGUCAGGGGUUCAGAAUCUGCGACUUUAUUGCAACCAAGACACAAAGAUUUGGCGUUAUUAGGACUAGGUUACAGUGUUGGUACUCCAGAAGAAGGUAUAACUGCUAAUGCUGUGGUGGUGAAUAGUUUUAAAGAACUUAAAAAAAGGGCGAAAGAGAUUCCAGGGAAAAUUGUUGUAUACAAUGAAAAAUUCAUCUCGUAUGGGGAAACUGUGGAAUAUAGAAGCUCGGGUGCUACGAGAGCCGCUGAAUUGGGAGCUAUGGCUGUCUUGAUUCGAUCGGUGACACCAUUUUCAUUGUAUACUCCGCAUACUGGUAUGAUGAGCUACGGAGAGAACGUUACUAAAAUCCCAGCUGCUUGCAUAACUAUCGAAGACGCAACUCUUUUACAAAGAAUGUCAGAUCGAGGUGAAACAAUAGUAAUAAAUCUGAAAAUGCAAGCGAGAAGAUAUCCUGAUACACAAUCACGUAACGUUAUAGCUGAUAUCACCGGUUCUAGCAUUCCUGAAAAAACAGUUGUCGUUUCUGGACAUAUAGAUAGUUGGGAUGUUGGACAAGGUGCAAUGGACGAUGGAGCCGGCAGUUUUGUAUCUUGGAAUGCUUUAAAAUUAUUAAAGCAUCUGGGCAUUCGGGCGCGAAGAACGAUAAGAAUGAUAAUGUGGACUUCCGAAGAACUUGGCAUUAUCGGAGCUAAUUAUUAUAUACAGAAUCACACGCUGGAAAAUAAAAAUUUGCAAUUCGUGAUGGAAUCCGACACAGGCACAUUCAUUCCUCAAGGCCUCAAAUUCAGUGGAAACAAACUAGUUGAAUGUAUACUUCAAAGAAUAAUGCUAUUGUUGGCUCCAUUGGGUAACAUGAAAUUGGAUAGUCCCUGCGAUGGACCUGAUAUAGAAUCCUGGAUAAAUGCUGGAAUACCAGGCGGUAGUCUAUGGACGCGAGACGAAAAGUACUUCUACUAUCAUCAUACGAAUGCAGACACCAUGUUAGCGGAAAAUCCAAAAGCUCUGGAUAUGAAUACAGCCAUAUUUGCAGCAGUAUCAUUCGUUUUAGCAGAUAUCAGCGUUGAUCUACCUCACAAUUAUACUUCUGAAAAUGUCUUUAUAAAAUCACCUUGACGUGUAUGUAUGAUUACGAUCGUACAUGUUUAUGACUGUUUUAUUUCAAAUAUACCUAUAUAUACAAUUGUAUAAUACAAAUAAUUAGGGCGUACUCUAUAAUGUUAAUAAUUUAAAAUCUUUAAAAGCGCGAAAAUACAAAUAAGCUUUUCCGAAUCA